CUUCGCGACGUUCAGAGAGUCUUGACGUUGUGAACAAUGUUGCGAUCGAUUUAUCCGAUUUUCUGUUUAGUAUUAGUGGUAGCUGAACCGAACUCAACAACCUCUAAGCAUGGAUUUAUCAGGACUAAGAGACAAGGCAGCCCAGACGAGAGGAGCUGUCUUCUCCCACAGCCAAUGGUCAAUGGCAGAUACUCACCCAACAUCAAGAGAUGUCCUCCCCACGUAUCCAACGCCGCUUGCAGGAUAGUCCCCGGGACCCCAGUACCCUCGGGGUGGGAUCUCUACUACGGAUGUGAUGAUGGGUUCGUCCUCAACUCUACCGAUACUGUGUCCUUCUGUACGGAUGGGAACUGGUCUCCGUCCUUGCCAGAGUGUAUAGCUGGAUUGCCUUGUUUUCCAUUGAAGUCUCAGUACCUCAACAUCCAGUGUUCGUUCCAAGGCAAGGUAGUGUUUUGUGACCAGUUCAUGAAGCCAGGAACGAUAGCAUCGCCGAAGUGUAAGAGCAACUACAAGCCUGCCUACCAAAUACCAUACUCUUACAUUACCUGCCUCAACGAUGGGUAUUGGGACUACCCGUUGUUCUACUGCACUCCAGAAAAGCUGUGCCCCCCACUGAAGGCGCCGAACAAUAUUAAGGUUCAGUACAUCUACCAAGACAAAGUCGUUAGAGACGAUCCGUUGAAGCCCGGUACCAUCGCAAUCCCCAGAUGCAAACACAACUACAGACCUGCUUACGACCCGGGGUACACCAACUUGACUUGUCUUAACAGUGGCUCAUGGGACCAACAGCUGUUCUAUUGCACUGCAGUGUGUGGUGCGUCAAACGAGGUCGGCCAACUGACUCCGCUGAUCGUGGAUGGAGUGCAGGCCAAUGUCGGUGCGUUCCCUUGGCAUGCAGGUCUCUAUUCUCGUAAUGUAGUGGAAGGGAGAGAGACAUGGGACCAAAUAUGUGGUGGUAGUUUGAUAAACGACCAGUUUGUGUUAACAGCGGCUCAUUGCGUGGAAGACGUUCGAAAUGUGGCCGAUCUACGAGUGGCUUUGGGCAAAUAUUUCAGGUCAUGGGAUAUACAUGAGCACACUGAAGAAAAACGCAAUGUUUCGAUGAUAAAAUUCCCUAGGGAAUACAGCCAGAAAACAUAUCUUUUCGACAUUGCGCUUUUGAUGCUGGAUGUGAAAAUUAAGGCAGGAGAGUUCAUAAUGCCAGUCUGUCAUGGAUUUUUAGAUGGUUCAAACUACAUAAAAGACAAGAAUUUGUUUGUUGUAGGUUGGGGAAAGAAGGAAAACCAGAUGAGUAGUGAAACCCUUCUGUACAACGAUGUUACUCCGGUCCCGUCUUAUGAGUGCAAUCAGCUAGCCCCUUCUCUUUGGCCAAUCUUCGACAAGUUCUGUGCCAGCAAAAACAGUUCAGCAUUAUCAAUCGCUCAACAAGGCGAUAGUGGUGGGGGAGUUACGGCUGUCUACGAAGGACUUCACUAUCUCUUUGGCUUGGUCAGCAUAAGAUUUGGAAAGACAACGUACUUCUCCAAUAUCACAUGGCCCUUCAACAUGAUAUGGAUGGAAGGCGAAGUAAAAAAGCAUCACCCAAGCUUUACGUGGGUUGAACAUGAAUUUUUAGACAAUCCUGAUCAACCAAGGCCUAAAAGUUGUAUGCUGCCAAGAGACUCUGACAACAGGAAGUUUUGUUCCUUGGCAGAACAUUGUGACAGCUGUGACGCAAGAUGCAUUAUUCCGGCGGGAUCACAGGCUACUAGAGUCAGAGUCGUCUGCAACCCAGGCUACAGUCUGAGAGGAGCUAUUGGUGACGUGUACAGUGGAGGAGACGUAGCUACAUGUCUGUCAGGAGGCUCCUGGUACCCUCGCAUACCGGAGUGUAUAAAGGUGACUGGGAAGAAAUACAUUGCAGGCGAUCCAUGGAGCAACGUAACUUGGUUUGAAGCCAGGGAUAACUGCAUUGCUAAAGGAAGACAGCUGGCUGUGAUCAAAAGUGAAGAUGAACAAAAAAUGUUUGAAUACGCUGCUGACGAGAAAUUCAAGGAAAAUCGUGAAGAUUCCAGGUCUAUUUGGAUCGGUCUGGCGGACGAGGUUUGGGUGGACGAGGUUUGGUUAGACAAGUCACUAGUUCUAAGGUUUGUUUGGGUCGACGGUCAGCCGUUGAGGAGGCAUUUAGAUAUUAUACCUUGGCAGGAAGGAGAACCUAACAACUACGGCGGGCACGAGGAUUGUGUACAAGCAAACCCGGAAAAUGGUAAUUCAGCGAAUGAAUAUGUUCCUGGUGAUCCUUGGGUUAAGGUAACUUGGCAAGAAGCGGAUGAACUAUGCCAUAGAAAGGGUCACCAAUUGGCUAUUAUAAGAAAUGAAGAACAUAAUAAAGCGUUUGCUGCUACUGCGGCACAAAAGUUUAGACAAACAGGUAGUAAGGCAGGUGUGCUGUGGAUCGGGCUGAAGAAGUUAGAACCGAGGAUUAAGUGGGUCGACAAUUCUCCCCUGGGCUCGUACACCAACUGGCUGCCUUCAGAGCCCACGAGGUAUGGAACGCCUUGUGUCAAAGCUGAGGGGAGGAGAUACUUUGAGCCGUUGUGGUCAAACUUUAAGCCAUACCAGUGGAACGACGUUUUGUGCACUUCCAAGCGGUCGUACUUCUGCGAGGACAAAUCAGGUGAUUAG